ACAACUAUGUGCAAACUAAAUUUGAUCUCAACGACUUUUAUGCCCCCCAUAAGUAUAAGUUCUUGUACCAGAAUCUUUAUUAGCCAAUGAAAAUAUUAUACAUGCCUAUUAUAAAUAGUAGUUGCAUAUAGAAUACAACUUUAUUCUCAACAAACAUGACAACUUUGAAAAUCACCAAAAAGCAUCACAAACAUUUCAACAAUCCAUUCCCUGCCAACCCAAAGACUCUCCCAUUGAUAUAUGGAACUUUGAUCUUGAAUUUUCAGAAACUUCCUUGUUCACAUCAGAUCUACACCAUUGGAAAAGAUUUCCAGUUGAGUUGGUCUUCAAAAGAUGGAGGAUUUCUUUCAAUCUCUCACAAGUCUGAGCCAGCAAGGUCCCUGUGGUCCACCAUCCCUGGAGAAGCUUUCAUUUCUGCAGCUAUUGCUGAAACUGAAGUCGAAGAAAGCAGAGGUUCAUUCCUGAUCAAAGAUAAACAUGUUCAUUUCGUAUGUAAUCACCAAACCAUUGAAGAGAUAAACAUCAUAAACCAAUCUGAUAUCACUACGUCCUUACACGAUCAAGAUCAAUUUUUGCCAAAGAAUUCCCAGUUUCCUGUUUUGAUGAUCACAGGGAAAGUUUAUGGUGUCAAUAAAAGAAAGAAGAAGGUUAGAUUUCCAAGACGAAAAGAGUUGAUGGAAUCUUCAGAGAAAGAAACUUCCACUUCUGCAAGAUAUUGGCUUCUGUUUGAUCAGAAAAACUGUAAUCAAGUUGGUUUCCAAGUGAGGAUUGGAAAACCAGAUUUACAACUUCCACAAAGAGUUUCUCCAAGAAGUUACAGAAGCUUUUCUCUAAAAUUUGGUCGAAUUCGGAGACGUAGAGCUGGGUGGUUUGGAUUUCUGUCAAGAAAAAAAACUGUCGCUGAGGAGAACGUGGUGAUGAAAACUGCCGGAGUCAGUGAUUUCAAUAGGAUUUGUUUAACAUAUGCAAGUGAAAGAAAUGAGAGAUUCUUUGGUUUCGGCGAGCAAUUUUCUCAUUUAGACUUUAAAGGAAAGAGGGUCCCCAUUUUUGUUCAAGAACAAGGGAUUGGAAGAGGUGAUCAACCUAUUACCUUUGCAGCUAAUUUAGUUAGUUACAGGGCAGGGGGGGACUGGAGCACAACUUAUGCUCCUUCACCAUUCUACAUGACAUCAAAGAUGAGGUCACUUUACUUGGAGGGUUAUGACUAUUCCGUGUUUGAUCUAACAAGAGAUGAUAGAAUUCAAAUACAGUUACAUGGGAACUCGUUUGGAGGUCGGAUACUGCACGGCAACUCACCUUGUGAGCUCAUUGAACAUCUCACAGAAAGCAUUGGAAGGCCCCCACCUCUUCCAGAGUGGAUUAUUUCUGGUGCAGUGGUGGGAAUGCAAGGUGGCACGGACACUGUCCGCAGUAUUUGGAAUGAAAUGCAAAGAUAUGAUGUCCCAGUAUCAGCAUUCUGGUUGCAGGAUUGGGUAGGGCAGAGAGAGACAAUCAUUGGGUCACAACUUUGGUGGAAUUGGGAAGCAGAUGAAACGAGAUACUCAGGAUGGCAGCAACUAAUUCGAGACCUUAAUAUGAAACAUAUCAAAGUGAUGACAUAUUGCAAUCCUUGUCUGGCUCCGAUGGAUAAAAAGCCAAAUAUAAGGAGACACCAUUUUGAGGAGGCAAAGAAGUUGGAUAUCUUAGUGAAAGACAAGAAUGGGGAACCGUAUAUGGUGCCCAAUACAGCAUUUGAUGUAGGGAUGCUGGAUUUGACACAUCCACAUACCACGAAUUGGUUUAAGCAGAUUCUGCAAGAAAUGGUAGAUGAUGGAGUAAGAGGAUGGAUGGCAGAUUUCGGCGAAGGUCUUCCAGUGGAUGCCUGCUUGUAUUCAGGCGAAGAUCCAAUUGCAGCACAUAAUAGAUAUCCUGAAUUAUGGGCAAAACUCAACAGGGAAUUCGUGGAUGAAUGGCGAAGCACACAUGUAGGCCAAGAGAGAGAAGAUCCAGAGGAGACUUUGGUUUUCUUCAUGAGGGCUGGUUAUAGGGAUACUCCUAAGUGGGCAAUGCUAUUUUGGGAGGGAGACCAAAUGGUGAGUUGGCAAAAAAAUGAUGGCAUCAAGAGUGCAGUGGUUGGCUUGCUUAGCGGAGGACUUUCAGGAUAUGCUCUUAAUCACAGUGAUAUUGGAGGCUAUUGUGCUGUAAACUUACCAUUUUUCAAGUAUCACAGAAGUGAAGAGCUUCUCUUGCGAUGGAUGGAAUUUUCCGCUUUCACCACCGUGUUCCGGACACAUGAAGGAAACAAGCCAUCUUGCAACCACCAGUUCUACUCCAAUAAUAGAACACUGUCACAUUUCGCACGUCUUGCAAAGAUCUACAAAGCAUGGAAGUUUUACAGGAUUCAACUAGUUAAGGAAGCCUGUCAGAAAGGGCUACCAAUUUGUCGACAUCUCUUCCUUCACUAUCCAGAAGAUGAACAUGUACAUAGCUUAACACAUGAGCAGUUCCUAGUUGGCACAGAGAUACUUGUGGUACCUGCGCUAGACAAAGGCAAAGAAAAUGUUAAGGUCUAUUUCCCGAUAGGAGAAAGCUCUUCAUGGAAGCAUAUUUGGACAGGAAAACUGUAUUCAACACAAGGUUCCGACGCUUGGGUGGAAGCACCAAUAGGAUAUCCUGCCAUUUUUGUUAAAGUUGGUUCUCCUGUUGGAGAAACCUUUCUGGAAAAACUUAGCAAAUACAAUGUCUUAUAAUUCAACAGCCUAGAGAUAGAUGAUGUAAUUGGUUUUAGGGCACAUAACCAUGAAAGUAGCAUUUAACAUUCUUUCUAUUCCAUAAGUACAUGGAUGUUGGUGAUAAUACAUGUGUAAAGUUGAAGAAUUUAUUUAGUAGAAUCAUUUGACUUUA